CACACCGAUCCAUGUGGCGUGCCCUAAUUCUAUAGUCUAGUUUUAAAGUGAAGCACAGGAGGGCUCAUUACCAAAAUAUCGUUUCAAAUUUUAUGUUAAAAAUCACUAAAAAGGAUCGUUGCAUACUACAGCUAAUGAGCAAAAUCUUAUUACAGCAGGCCCAUCAUUGUAUCCUGUGUGCAUUGAAAUCUCCGGUGAAUCGAGUGAUGGCAUCGGCCAUAGGCAAGCCGAGACAAAGCUGCCAUGGCAGGCGGUGGCGUUGGCUCGCGGUCACGGGGGGUAAAAGGAGCUCGCGAAAGCGACGGCACACGCUGUCCGAAACCGGCAGUAGAUAACACGAGCCCGUGGGUUAGUCUCCCCCCUUCCCGGUAUGAGCAUGCUCGAGCCUGACCGCAGAACGUACGUGCUGGAAAGGCUAGCUGCUGGCGGCAAGCAACCAAAACUACCCGGUUCCAAAGGGGAAUUUGUACACAAACAGCAGCUGACAUGCAUUCUCGAACUUUUUUUUUGUACUGCUGCUCUACCUAUAUGAUCUCGACUUGAAAACAAACGGCCAGCUGCCAAGUCCCAAUCACCAGAUGGUACGAAUUUCAGAAGGAGGUGCGAGUAGCAGUUAUGGCCGCCAUGAACAGCCAAAUCAUGCGUGCGCAUCAAUGGCUAAGCUAAGCUAGCUCCUGGUUUUGGCCUUGCAACUUUUUUUUUUUGGGGUAACGGCAGAGGAGGAGAGUUCCAUCAGUGCAAGUUCCUCAUCAUCUCGUAGCUAGUACAGUAUUCCUCUAGCUCAUUGAUUCUCUUAAAGAUCGCCUUUUUCGAGACUGCUCGUUUGCAUCGGUCAUCAGUCCAUGGGAGCCACAUGCGAGAGUGAGGCCCCACACCACUUCCCUUCUCCUACUAAACUACGCGCACUUGUUCCAUGUCGCUGCCCGAGUGACCCCAUCGACAAAUCCUGGAUCCGCAGCUGGUGCAUGUAUAAGGACAUUCCUCGCUCGCGGCCAUUCACCGAAUCAGGCACUAGGAGUGGACUCUUUCCGGUCUCUCCUCCCCAGCUUGCCUUGUUCGUUCGUGUCGUGCGAGCCGGCCGGCAGAUCAGGUUGCUACUAGGCAGCUCGUCUUCUUGGAAUCAUCAAUGGCCAGCCGCGGCACGGCGUCCGGAGCGGCGGCGAUGGCGCUCUUGCUGUCGCUUGGGAUCAUUGGCGUCGCCCGCGGCCAGCUGCAGGUGGGGUUCUACUCCGACUCCUGCCCGGACGCCGAGGACACGGUCACCGCCGCCGUCCAGGACGCCGCCGCCAGCGACCCCACCAUCCUCCCCGCGCUGCUCCGCCUCCAGUUCCACGACUGCUUCGUCAGGGGGUGCGACGCGUCGGUGCUGAUAAGGAGCGCGAGCAACGACGCCGAGGUGGACAACGGCAAGAACCAGGGCCUGCGCGGCCAGGACGUGGUCGACGCCGCCAAGGCGCAGCUCGAGGACCAGUGCCCCGGCGUCGUCUCCUGCGCCGACAUCAUCGCCCUCGCCGCGCGCGACGCCGUCGCCAUGACGGGCGGGCCGUCGUUCGACGUGCCGACGGGGCGGCGCGACGGCCUGGCUUCCAACCUCCGCGACGCCGACGUGCUGCCGGACGCCGCCGACUCCAUCAGCGUGCUCCGGUCAAGGUUCGCCGCGGCCGGUCUCAACGACCGCGACCUCGUCCUCCUCACAGGUAUGUCCCUCGCAAUCGCAGUCUUCACAUGCGCACGGACGUCAACACAGGCUGAAACAGUUGGUGCGGCAACGCCAACCGCAGCGGCGCACACGGUGGGCACGACGGCGUGCUUCUUCGUGAAGGACCGGCUGUACGGCUUCCCUCUCCCGGGCGGCAGGACGGGGUCGGACCCGUCCAUCCCGGCGCCGUUCCUGGCGGAGCUCAAGGCCCGGUGCCCGCGGGGCGACUUCAACACGCGGCUGCCGCUGGACCGCGGCAGCGGGGGCGCCUUCGACGACUCCAUCCUCCGCAACAUCCGGUCGGGGCUCGCCGUGAUCGCCUCCGACGCCGCGCUCGCCGGCAGCAACGCCACCCGCGCGCUCGUCGACGCGUACCUGGGCCCCGCGGCGGGCAGCUUCCAGGGGGACUUCGCCGCCGCCAUGGUGAGGAUGGGCAGCAUCGGCGCCAUCACCGGCGACGGCGACGGCGACGGCGGCGAGGUCAGGGACGUCUGCUCCGCCUUCAACACCAACUGAUCAAAAGUUCUCAUAGAGAGAGAGAGAGAUAAUUGCUUGUGUGUACAUUUGAUUUCUUGAUGAGUCGAUUGGUUUUCGAGAAUUUAACCAGAAAUUCAAGGGAAAUGGUUACUUGAAAAGGAGGGCGCACGGAGGAACUGUGCGGUGGAAUUGAUUGGGAACUUUUGUUGCAGCGAUGCGAUGCAAGUACACUGCAUGCAUGUGAGAUGUGAUGGUUUAUUCGUAGGAGCGGAGCUGUGCUGUGCUGUGCGUGCGUGCACGGGCGUCCUGAAAAAAGAUGAUGAUAAAUUGGCGAGCUCGUCCAGCACCAACAGCACCGCGCGCGUCUAGUCAGCAGA